AACUAAGACGGUACUGAUCGACUAUACAUUCACCUGUAAAUCUCUUCCCAGCCCACCGCCAAAAUCUCGAUUCUUCGGGCUCCCUUCCACCUGAGUCUCCGCAGACUCAACCGUGUGCUCUUUAGGAAGAAUAUCAGAGUCCCAAAAAAGAAAAAAACAGCUGAAUCACAGUCAAAGAAUCAUUUGGCUAAAAAUGAUGGGCAUUGCAGCAAAGGUUCGCGGAGCGGCGAGAAUCUGCCAGUCUUUCUCUCUGCUCCGACCACCAUCGGCACUAACUCCGGGACAGCCUCUGAGAUUUUUGUCGGAGAGCAACAACGCAAACAAGAACCCAGUUGUCCAGCAAAUGAUAGACUACGCACUUUCUGUUGGCCGUUCCCAAAAAUCAGAUGAAUCAAUUUCGCAGGGUCUGUUGGUAUUGGAGCAGUGCCACUCCACUCAAGCUGCAGAUGACGAUUCAAAAGGGAUGGUUCUUUUAGCCAUGUCUACCCUAUUAUAUGAAAGGGGAAACUUUGCUGAAGCCUUUGAGAAACUGCAGAGCAUCCAAGAUUUGAGCUCGUCUUCUAUUGCUAUUAGAGUUGCUGCUACAGAAGCUCUAGUAGGAAUCCAUCUCGAAUUGGAUGAGGAUGAUGCUUCAUCUGUGCUCACAAAUAUAUGGUAUAACCUCAUGGACGCUAUCAAAUUAGACAUUGGUGGUGGGAGUGGCUUUGAUGUUCUGGAAGCCCGUGCAAAGGCGUUAAAAGGACUUCUGGAGCUGGUCCGGGGUAAUCUUCAAACAGCUCAGGAUGAUCUUCUAGUAGCUCAGGAUACUGAAGCUUGCACUGGCAAUGUUGCUCUGUCUUAUGGUGAAUAUCUUCAUGGCAUGCGGAAACUUCCUAUUGCAAAGGAAUUAUACCAGAAAGUGAUUCAGCAGUUGUCGGAGAGAGAUUUUAACGACCUGCAUAAUAUUGGGGCAUGUAACAUGUCAAAGGAUGAGGUUUACUUAGCAGCUACAUGUGCAUUAGGGCAGCUUGAGGCUCAUUUAGGAAAUUUUGGUGAUGCUGAGGAGAUUCUUACUGCAGCACUGAAGAAAGCAGAACAACAUUUUGGGUCCAAUCAUCCCAAGGUUGGUGUUAUUUUAACCUGCAUAGCUCUCAUGUAUCGCUUGAAAGCGACAACAGAAGGCUCAAGUUCUCUUCUAAUUCAAGAGUUCAUCCUGCAGGGACUUUAUAGAAAGGCAAUAGAACUGCUUAGAGCUCCACCAUUGGACAGUGAUGGCGCUGAAGGAAAAGUAUAUAGAAGGGAAAUGGUUGCCCUUGCCAGAGGUGGCUAUGCAGAAAUACUGUGUGUUCAACAGAACAGAAAAGCAGAAGGCGAAAAAAUGAGGCGCUGGGCAGAAGCUGUAUGGAAAAAUCGCAGGCUUUCACUAGCUGAGGUGCUAGACAUAUCUGAGAAUUCUACCAAAGUACCUGUUAUAGAUGCUAGAAUAUGCAGGUCUGUAUAAUUUUCCCGAGUGAUAGCUGAUUUUGCUGUCAGAAAUUUGAAAUUUGUAGUGACAGCGCUAAGGGUGUAACAAUUUCUAAUUUGCACCUUAUGUAACUAACUUAUCCACAUGUUUUUGCUGAGGUCUGUAGUGACUGAAUAAUAUUGUACAAGCUUUCACAGAUGCUGUUAAGAUCUUUAAAUUCCAUUGCUAAGUA